ACAACGUUGGUGUUCCUGAUCUCGGGGAGAGAGCUGGUCACAUUCUUCCAGGGAUGAACAAGUGACCGCCGGCAGGUUUUUACCACAGCAGACGGCCCCAAUCAAAGUCUACCAUCGAUCGAGUGAGAACAAGAACAGCAACAACAACAAAAAAAAGAUGAAGCUGGUGGUUUUUUUUGUCGCCGUCAGCGUGGCGGUUAUGGUAGCGAUGAUUUUCCAGACUCUGCGUCAGGAGCUGAGUCUGCGUAACCUGAGGGCCCGCAUGGUGGAGAGCUCUGCGGAGGUCAAGAGGAGGGAAGACUCCAUCAUGGACAUGAAAAGUAAAAUCCAGGAGCUCAAAACCACAGUGGAUAACGCCAACCUGAAGCUGGAGGACCUGAAGAAGGAGAAGUCAGAGAAGGAGAAGGCACUAAAGGAGUCUGAGAAAAGUCUGGAGACCUGCAAUGCGGGGAAGGGAAACGCUGAAAAGAAGAAGACAGAGUUGGGGGAAUCCAUAAAUAAACUUAAAACUGAUCAUGAAGCCGCUAAGAAUAAGGCUCAACAGGAGAUUGGGAGAUUGAAACAACAGAUUUUGGACAGAGAAAAAACUAUUUGUGCCCAUGCAGAUUUGACUAAGGAAGAAGCACGGAAACUGUGUGGAAAGUCCGCUCCACCACAAUAAAAUCAAAUCUGAGUAAUCUUGGUUGAACUUUUCCACAUGAGAGCACACCUAAAAAGAACCAUCUAUAAGUUUUGUUGGCAUCUUUUUUUUGUUUAUCUUCUUAUUUUUAUAUAUAUUGUGGUCAUGCACAUUUAGCUGGCUUAUUGGAAAAAGGAAAUAGUUUUUCACAUUUUUAUUUAAAUAAUGUGUUGUUUUUGAAGUGAUUGUUUUGGUUGAAUAUUGUUUGGCUUCUUGAAUCUUUAAAAUAUCUUGAAACAUAUUUGUGUAUUGUGGAAUUCAUUAUUUACACUGCUAGCCUCAGAGAAUUUUAUUAUCUGAAACGUCACCAUAGGCACAACAGUAAAAUAGUUAAAUAAUGUGAGGACCCUUCAGCUGAAUGAGUCCUUUAACUCCCUCUAGUGGAGAAUUUUGUUUUUUUUUUCAUAGUGUUAAUAAUGGCAAAAUCUUUUGUAAUACUUUGGUUGUGCUUAGUAAAUAUUAAUUAUAGAAAAAUGUUUUAAAAUUAGAAAAAACAAUCUGAUACACGAGGGGUUCAAAACAAUGAAAACUUUGCACCAUUUAUUUUCUGGUUACGAGUUAGUUAUUAAAGCUGGUCGUUUUCAAACUUG